AUGGAGCUGAUUGGAUCCACUCUGACAGCCACAUAUGCUCGGCCAAAAACCAGUCACUUCCUCCCUGCCAUCUCCACCAUGGCAUCCAGCUAUCGCAACACCCAGCCUAUCUUGGCGAUUAAUGCCAGUGCCAACCAGUGGAGGACCAACAGUUACUACAAGAGCAGCAGUGCUAUCCCAACCCAGUCUUCUAUACAACGAGAGAAUUUAGAUCUGGUUCGAGCCAAGACCAUGUUCUACCCAUCCAACAGGAGCACACUGACCACCCGUUACACUCCUGAUGACUGGUACAAGUCCAACCAAAGCAACUACAGGGAGUCUGAGUCAUCCCGGAAAAGUGCAGAGAGACUAAGAAGAGACACCAUCCGGCUAAUGCAGGAUAGAGAGCAGCUGACCAGACGAACCCAGGAGAGUACCAGCAAGAACAUUGGUGAGCGGCUCAAUGACAUCGUCUUCUGGAGGUCUGAGCUAAGCCAUGAGAUUGACAACAUGGUGACAGAGAUAGCAACCCUCACUGAGGUGAAGAGGAGGCUAGAGAGAGCCUUGGCAGAGACUGAGGGGCCCCUUCAGGUGUCUCAAGAGUGUUUGUACCACAGAGAGAAGCGGAUGUCCAUCGAUCUGGUACAUGACGAUGUAGAGAAAGAUCUCAUAAGGGAAGUGGAAGUCAUAAAAUCAUGUCAGGAAAGGAUGAGGCGACAUCUGGACAGGGCCAUCGCUCAACUGGCGUCAAACCGGGCAACCCAGCAUGAAUUAGAGAGAGAUAUGAGUGAUAAAAUGACAGCUCAGAGGAUAGAUGACAGGUGUCAUCGUCUGAGGAACACGUCAGAUGGUAUCGGCUUCUGUAGAGGCAUUGAUAGAUUAGAUCCUUCACUCUCUCUGCCAGACUCGUGGUCCAAGUUCACAGACGACAACAUCCUGCACUCCCAGAGCGAACGAGCCGCCUCCCACAAGCUCAGGGACGAGAUAGAAAUCCUGCUGAACACCACGUCCAAUGAGAUGUGGAGCCAGUUUAACAAUGUCAAUGUCGCCUUCACCAACCGCAUAUCGGAAACUGCUGACACUAAGAACAGUCUGCAAACCCACUUGGCAAAGACUCUACAAGAGAUUUUUCAGACUGAGAUGCUGAUUGAGUCUCUGAAGAAAGCCCUGAGAGACAAAGAAUCUCCUUUGAAAGUGGCCCAAACCAGGCUGGAGGAGAGAACUCGCAGACCCAACAUAGAGCUCUGCAGGGACAACCCACACCACAGACUUGUGGGUGAGGUGAGAGAGAUCGAAGACACCAUUCAUAAGCUUCGGGAGAGGCUGAUGGAGGCGGAGAACACUCUGCAGACUCUUGUCAAGACCAAAGUGACCCUGGAGCAUGACCUAUCCAUCAAGGCCAACUCACUGUUCCUGGACCAGGAGAAGUGCAUGAGCAUGCGCAAGAGCUUUCCUAGUAUGCCCCGUCUGGUGGGCUACACCUAA